CCGGGUUCUGCAGCCGUUUGGGCCCGUUUCUAACCGACCGUUCCCUCCGUGUAAAGGUGGACAGGAUUUUAUGUCUGUCAUGGACAUUAGUGAAACUCAAAAAUCAAAGAUAAAAAAAGUUCAGCUCACUGUCUGGUGGGGUCCAGAAACAAGCCGAGGUGUUUCAUUUACUGAGUCGGACACCCGAGAAGGAGCCCACUGAGGGCUAGAUACAGUUUAUUCUGCUCCAGUGUGGAAACGUCGUGUCUACCAGAUCCACACGGGAGUCUCACAAAAACACGAGUUAUUUGAGGUCAGAUGAAGGGAACAAAGUACAGGUGCUGGUAUAACCUCCAGGAGAACAGACUUUGGGGGUGUCAAUAUGGAGAUGGAGAAUCUUAUGAGAUCCAGGUCGUACACGUGGGGUCCAAUCCAGAAAUGGAACACACCAGGGGAGCAGACUUGAAUCAGAAUCCAGGGCCAGAAAGGUCAAAACCAGCAGGCUGGAGCAGACCUGAACCUUGGCAGAAGGCUCAAGGACCUGACGGGAGGAUGAGGAGGAGAGAAACUUCAGACGUCCAGAGCUCAGCUGUGUGGAAACAGGAAACAGGAGUGGGAGGAACAGGAAGCCCAGAGGGAAAACCCCACAGAUCCUGACACAAGGAGAGCAGAAGGGUCAAACCGGUUGACCUCUCACCGCACUGGAGCCGAAGUCCUCGCCAUGACCGACACCAUGAAGACUGGCGCCGCGGCUCCUGCAGCUCCUGCGGCUCCUGCGGCUCCUGCAGCUCCUGCGGCUCCUGCAGCUCCUGCAGCUCCUGCGGCUCCUGCGGCGGCGCCCCCGGUGGACUGGCAGAAGCGCUGCGUGUCUCUGGAGAUGCAGCUGCUGAGGUUCCGGCUGCAGGCGGGGAAGAUCCGGGAGCUUCUGGCAGAGAAGAUGCAGGAUCUGGAGCAGAGGCUGGUGGACGCUGACCGGAGGGCGGAGCACGCAGAGAAACAGAUCCAAAUGAUGGAGGAGAAGCUGAAGUCUGCCAACAUUCACAGCAGUGACGGGGAGAGCUCGCUGUACAGGAAGCUCCAGCAGCUGAGCAGCAGGGUUCAGGAAAAAGAGGCUCUCAUCAGGAGGCUGGAGGUGCAGCUGGAGAAGCAGGUCUUAGUCAGAGCCCAGGAGGCCAAAAUCAUUGAGGAGAAGUCGGCAAAGAUUAAAGACUGGGUCACCUCGAAGCUUAAAGAGAUGGAGCAGGAGAACCAGCAGCUGAAAACGGUGAAUCUGAAGCAGAGCGAACAGAUCCUGGAGCUGCAGGAGAAACUCCAGAGUCUUUUGGAGAAUCCGGGAUCUCCUGGAGCCACGGAUGUUUCUCUGGCCUCCAGCUGCUGCAGCACGCCACCCACUCAGGACGGGGGGGCGACCUCUGACAUCAGGACCAUGGCAACAGAUCCAGCUCCAGAACUGGUCCGCCUCCAUGUUCCUCUGCUUCAUGGAAGAGAUGUUCCCAACAGUGGACCGGAGCUCCAGCAGAGCCCUGAGAACCCGGUGGAGAACCUGGACCGAGACACCUCCUCGGAUGAGCUCAGCAGGAAGUUCCGCUCUCAGUACCUCCACUCCUCCUCCUCCUCAUCUUCCUCCUCUGCGUACGAGACGGCUAACGCACCGAGUUCAGACUCCACCCCCAGAGUCACGCCCAAAAGUCCGCUUUUGUCCCGCUCCCCCUCCAACAAGAACCCCUUUCCUGGCCUCUUCCCGCCCCAGGCCCCGCCCCCGGGCGCCAGCAUGACGCUGCCCAAAGUGCGGACGCCACUCACGCCCAGAGACAGCCUCCAGCUGGUGAGGAAGCACCGCAGCCAGCCGCAGCCCGGCCUGGACCGCCUCCCCCUCUUCAGCCAGGACGUCGUCAUGACGACGCCGUCCUCCGCCUCCUCCACCCUGAAGAGCAUAGGCCCCGCCCUCUUCUCUCAGCUGGUGGAAGAGACCGACAUUGAUGACGAGCCCCCCGCCAGCCCGGAGGGAGGGGCGGGGGGGCCCCAGUCCGAGGUCCUGCCUCAGGAGGGGGGGUCCUGUGUGGCGGCGUCAGGAGACCUGGAGAAGGUGGAUCCAGAGGUUCUGAAGCCCCCGACUCCGCCUCUGCACCGCUUCCCAUCCUGGGAGAGUCGGAUCUACGCGGUCGCCAAGUCGGGAAUGAGGGUUUCAGAGGCGGGGCCAGGACGAGGUUCCAGCGUCCUCCUGUGCCCGGCGGUGGCUCCUCCCACCCCGCUGGUUUACAAGAACAUCAAGGUUCCGGUCUACACCACGCUGAAAGGGAAAGCCACGCAGAUCAGCAGCACGCCUCUGCCCGACGACGAGUCCGGCUCAGAGGACGACAGCAGCUCGCUGGCCAGUUCCCGCACCUCCAUUCUGAGUCCGGACAGGAGAGGCAGCGUUCCCGGGAGCCCCCGCGCCGUCAAGAGAGGCGUGUCCAUGUCCUCCAUCAGCUCCGAGAGCGACUACGCCAUUCCUCCGGACGCCUGCUCGCUGGACAGCGACCACUCUGAGCCGGAGCAGAAGGUGCAGCGCACCUCCUCGUACUCCUGCGAGAGCGUGGGCCCUGAGGCUUUGGAGAAGUCUGGUUACCUGCUGAAGAUGGGCAGCCAGGUGAAGGCCUGGAAGCGCCGCUGGUUCAUCCUCAGGAACGGAGAGAUCCUCUACUACAAGUCUCCGAGCGACAUGAUCCGGAAGCCUCAGGGUCAGAUCGAGUUGAACUCUUCCUGCGGUUUGGUUCGCGGCGAGGGAGCGCAGACCUUUCAGCUGAUCACAGAAAAGAGGAGCUACUUUCUGACCGCCGACUCGCCCAACAUCCUGGAGGAGUGGAUUCGGGUUCUACAGAACAUUCUGAAGGUCCAGGCCAGCAGCCCAGUUUCCAUGGAGACCAGGGUGAAGCCCACGAUGAGAGGAUGGCUCACAAAGGUCAAACAUGGACACUCCAAGCUGCUCUGGUGUUGUUUGGUGGGAAAAGUGUUCUUCUACUAUCGAAACCAGGAAGACAAGCCGCCGCUGGGUCAGCUGCAGGUAGCGGAGGCGUCGGUGCAGGAGGUGGACCGCUCCUGCGAUUCGGACGAGGACUACGAGGUGGGUGGGCGGGGCUUCCUGUCCUCCCACUGCACCCUGGUGGUCCAGCCCAGAGAGCAGAGCCCCACCUACCUGCUGAUCGGGACCAAGCAGGAGAAGGACGCUUGGCUGUACCACCUGACCGUGGCCGCCAGCUGCAGCGCCGACCUGCGGGUGGGAACCGAGUCGGAGCGGCUCAUCGGGAAGCUGCUGGACGCAGACGGAGACCCGGACUCGGCGCUAUGGAGGAGCGACGCCCUCAGCUUCUGUAAGGACGGCCUGCGCUCGCCGCUCACCACGCUGCCGUCAGAGGCGCUGCAGACCGAAGCCCUCAAGCUCUUUAAGUCGUGUCAGCUCUUCAUCAACGUCCUGGUGGAGUCUCCGUCGGUGGACUACCACACCUCGCUGGCCCAGAGCGCCCUGCAGGUGUGCCUGACCCACCCGGAGCUGCAGAACGAGAUGUAUUGCCAGCUGAUCAAGCAGACCAACUGCCGGACGCCGCACAACCAUUCGCUUACGCAGUGCUGGCAGCUGCUGUCGCUGUGCGCGGCGCUGUUCCUGCCGCAGCAGCACUUCCUCUGGUACCUGAGGCAGUACCUGCAGCACAACGCCGACACCAGGACCGAGGUGGGGAAGUACGCCAUUUACUGCCAGCGGUCUCUGGAGCGGACGCUGCAGAACGGCGAGCGGGAAGCCCGGCCGUCACGCAUGGAGAUCAUCUCCAUCCUGCUGAGGAACCCGUACCACCACUCCCUGCCGUUCAGCAUCCCUGUCCACUUCAUGAACAACACGUACCAGGUGGUGGGCUUUGACGGAUCGACCAUCGUGGAGGAGUUCCUCAACACUCUGAACCAGCGCAUCGCCAUGAGGAAGCCACAGCUGACGGGCUUCGCCCUCGUCACCGACGACCCGUCCGGGAAGGACCUGGAGCACUGCCUGCAGCCGACGGACAAGAUCUGUGACGUCAUUUCCAAGUGGGAGCAGGCUCUGAAAGAGAUGCAUCCUGGGAAAAAUGAAGGCACGCGGAUCGUCCGACUGACCUACAAAAAGAGGCUGUUCCUCAGGUCGCAGGUGAAGGGGGAGACGGAGCGAGAGCGCCUCCUGCUGGCCUACCAGGUGAAUGCAGACGUGCAGCAGGGCUGCUUCCCCGUCAACAAAGAGCUGGCUCUGGAGGUGGCGGCGCUGAUGGCAAAGGUUGAACAUGGGGACUUGGAGCGUCCAGGUGGCUCCGCCCCCUGCGGUUCUCCCCGACCUCGGCUGCUCCUUCUGCAGGCUCUGGAGCGUUUCUACCCCAAAGCCUAUCGGCAGGACUGCAGCGCGGAGCAGCUCAGUGAGCUGUCGGAGUGUCUGGCGGUCAGGUGGUCGACGCUGCGCGGCUGCAGCGCCUCCGAGUGCGUCCGCAUCUACCUGACGGUGGCGAGGAAGUGGCCGCUGUUUGGGGCCAAACUCUUCAGUGCGAAGCCUUCGCCCCCCUCCCCGUUCCAGCAGAGCCAGGUGUGGCUGGCGGUGGGGGAGGACGGGUUCUGUGUGCUGGACGGCGCCAUGCACACCCUGGCCUCAUACUCCUACCUGUCAGUGAUCACCUUCGGGGGCUGUCGGGAUGACUUCAUGGUGGUCACGACUCAGCGGGCGGAGCCUGGAGGGGGGAAGAAGAUUGCUGAGAAGCUCGUCUUCGCGAUGCCUAAACCGAAGGUUCUGGAGCUGACUCUGCUCAUGGCCAGCUACAUCAACCAGGUGAACCUCAGCGCCUCGCCCGCCCCCCACCAGCCUCUCAGCCAAUGGGAGGGAGAGGGCCGACUCUUCUCCACCACCAAUGGCCCCACGCUGCUGUGAGACACCCGGACUGCUCCGCCUCCAUGAGGGGGGGUCAGGGUCCAGGACGACCAGAACUUUAGAUUCUUCUACAGUUAUAGAGUGAAGAUCAGAUUGGAGGAGAGGACAGAAGGUCUGGAUGCAGCCGUUCGAUUCCUGCAGCUGUGUAGAACGGCCGUCCUGUCCCUGACGCACAGAGACUCCUCUGGUUUCUGUGAAUCUCUUCAUGUUCUGAGGUGGUGUUCAGUCGCUCUCAGACUAGAGAGGCUCCGCCCAUCUUCUCCUGUUAAAUUAUAGAGGCUCCGCCCAUCUUCUCCUCUCAGACUAGAGAGGCUCCGCCCAUCUUCUACUCUCAGACUGUAGAGGCUCCGCCCAUCUUCUCCUCUCAGACAUGAGAGGCUCCGCCCAUCUUCUCCUCUCAGACUGUAGAGGCUCCGCCCAUCUUCUCCUGUUAGACUGUAGAGGCUCCGCCCAUCUUCUACUCUCAGACUGUAGAGGCUCCGCCCAUCUUCUCCUCUUAGACUAAAGAGACUCCGCCCAUCUUCUCUUCCCAGACUAUAGAGGCUCCGCCCAUCUUCUCCUCUCAGACUAUAGAGGCUCCGCCCAUCUUCUCCUCUCAGGCUAUAGAGACUCCGCCCAUCUUCUCCUCUCAGACUAUAGAGGCUCCGCCCAUCUUCUCCGCUCAGGCUAUAGAGACUCCGCCCAUCUUCUCUUCUCAGACUAUAGAGGCUCCGCCCAUCUUCUCCUCUCAGACUUCAGAGGCUCCACCCAUCUUCUCCUCUCAGACAGUAGAGGCUCCGCCCAUCUUCUCCUCUCAGACUAUAGAGGCUCCGCCCAUCUUCUCCUCUCAGGCUGUAGAGGCUCCGCCCAUCUUCUCUUCCCAGACUGUAGAGGCUCCGCCCAUCUUCUCCUCUCAGACAGUAGAGGCUCCGCCCAUCUUCUCCUGUUAGAUUGUAGAGGCUCUGCCUAUAUUCUCCUCUCAGACUAUGGAGGCUCCGCCCAUCUUCUCCGCUCAGGCUAUAGAGACUCUGCCCAUCUUCUCUUCUCAGACUAUAGAGGCUCCGCCCAUCUUCUCCUCUGAGACUACAGAGGCUCCACCCAUCUUCUCCUCUCAGACAGUAGAGGCUCCGCCCAUCUUCUCCUCUCAGACUAUAGAGGCUCCGCCCAUCUUCUCCUCUCAGGCUGUAGACGCUCCGCCGAUCUUAUCUUCCCAGACUGUAGAGGCUCCGCCCAUCUUCUCCUCUCAGACAGUAGAGGCUCCGCCCAUCUUCUCCUGUUAGAUUGUAGAGGCUCCGUCCAUUUUUUCCUCUCAGACUGUACAGACUCCGCCCAUCUUCUCCUCUAGUACUAUAGAGGCUCCGCCCAUCUUCUCCUCUUGUACUAUAGAGGCUCCGCCCAUCUUCUCCUGUUAGACUGUAGAGACUCCGCCCAUCUUCUCCUCUAGUACUAUAGAGGCUCCGCCCAUCUUCUCCUCUUGUACUAUAGAGGCUCCGCCCAUCUUCUCCUCUCAGACUAUACAGGCUUUGCCCAUCUUCUCCUGUUAGACUGUAGAGACUCCGCCCAUCUUCUCCUGUUAGACUGUAGAGACUCCACCCAUUUUCUCCUCCCAGACUCCGCCUCCCUGACGCAUGCCUUCAUGUUCUUAUAUCAGCUGAAUCUUCAGCUCUGAGACGAGCUCAGAUCAAAGUUCUCGGUGAAACGUCUCUGUUCUGAUGGGAGGAGCCCUGGACUCUGAGUUCAGAUGUUUUUAGGGUUAAAUUCUGUCCAGAUUGUUCUGGAAUUUGUCGUUAAUGUAAAGUUCUAUGACACUGAGAGGAAUCCAAAGGGCUGGAAGGUAAACAUUGUAGGAAGAGGAAAUGAUUUCCAUCAUGUUUUUACAGCUGAUGCUUCAGCUCUGUUUUAAUUCCCAUUUCAUUUUUUUUCUUAAAUUCAAUGGAUUUUGUUUGAUCUCCUGAGAUGGACUGAAGGCAGAAUCCUGAGCGUUUAUGUUCUGGAUGUUUCGACGUCCUGAUGAAGCUUCUACAGGGUGUGAACCUGCAGCCUGUGAACCCUCUCAGAUCAGCAGCUCAGAGUUCGGAUGACUUGAAGACAAAUGGAUAAACCACUGCCUCACUUCUUAACUUAUUGUGCUGUGAACACUCUGGCUCGGCCUCAGAGUGUUUGGUGACUGCUGGGAUGUUCUGCACAUUUUAAUAAACUGAUCGGAUUCA